AUGAGACCUGAUGAUAGGAGCAGCAUUUGUGCCAGGAACACUCGCCAUAGGCGGACAGUUGACGGAGACGCUCAGAACAUUCACAGGAUACAAGGUUUGGACUGUUUCAGUGAUUUUUAUGAGAGCAUUGUUUGUUUUUGGGAAGUGGUCAACUCAAGCAGCGACUGCACCAAGGAUUUCAACUUAGAUUAUACAGACAUUUCCUACAGGUGGAAAAAACAAUGGUGGGAUAACAUCCCCGAUCCUGCAAAGAGCAGCUUGACCACGGUGAUACAGAACCAACAUGGCACUUCCAAUGAAACAUCCAAAUCAGCAAACCCGUGUGGAGGUUGUCUGAAGAACGUUUCCAAAGCCCAUGGGAAGCCUCAGGCAGGCCUACAGAGGCAGAAGAUCAAGGUUAAGUACAAUAUCAGAGAAAACUGUACAUUAGAAAAAUAUACACCGGAGAAUGAAGUUGUCGUAGUUUCUUUUGAACUUUGCUCACAAGAAAAAGAAGACAGAAUCUUUUCAGUCCAUGAAGUCGUCUCAGAAAAUGAAGAUGCACCUCAUCUACCAAGCAUCGACUCUUCUAUCUGCAGCAUGUUCCACGAUAUUUUAAAUGACUCCUCCACCCCAGAGAUGGGAGCUUUUGAAAAUCUGACCACAGGAAAUAUAUCAUGGGGUUUUCAAACACAAGAGACACGCCUGCCAUCUUCUGAGAUCUUACCGGAGGUGGGAUGUCCUAGUCAUCGUUCUGAUGGAUGCUCUGUGGAAGAUCUCCAAAGAAUAGCCUUGACAGAUUGUCCUUACAAGGCUGAGGCAUGUAGUGAUGAGGAAGACAGUUCAUCUUGCGUCCCAUCAGUCAGUAGAGGCACCAUAGGGAUGGGCUGUUUAUUCAUGAAUUUUAGCUAUAACAUUUCUGCAAGUGCUAAAGAGACAUAGGUUCCUUAUGCAAUGGAAGAUCACAUAUGGUAGACUCUGUUAA